CUCCCCGCGGGUCCCCCCCCUCACAAGCGGGGAUGAGUUGGAAGGAGUCCGGCUUCUGGUCGCCGGGUGUUUCGUGCAGUCGGCGUUGCUUUAAAGAGGUUUGGAGGCAGCGUUGUCUCUAUGCAGAUGUGGGGAGAAAGGGGGAGGAUAAACGCUUCCGCGGGCUACGAUUAUCUGGAUAAUGGCAAUAAUAAAAUGGCAAUCCAGCAAGCGGAUAAACUGCUCAAAAAGCACAAGGACCUUCACUGUGCCAAGGUUCUGAAGGCCAUUGGCUUGCAGAGGACUGGCAAGCAGGAUGAAGCCUAUGCUCUGGCACAAGAAGUAGCAGCACUUGAACCCACAGAUGAUAAUUCCUUGCAGGCACUAACCAUCCUGUACCGGGAAAUGCACCGACCUGAACUGGUGACUAAACUGUACGAGGCAGCUGUAAAGAAGGUUCCCAACAGUGAAGAGUAUCACUCUCACCUCUUCAUGGCCUAUGCCAGGGUUGGGGAGUACAAGAAGAUGCAACAGGCUGGAAUGGCACUUUAUAAGAUUGUACCCAAAAAUCCAUAUUAUUUCUGGUCUGUGAUGAGCCUGAUCAUGCAGUCCAUCUCAGCACAGGAUGAAAACCUCUCCAAGACCAUGUUUUUGCCACUGGCUGAGAGAAUGGUGGAAAAAAUGGUGAAGGAGGAUAAGAUUGAAGCUGAGGCUGAAGUUGAGCUGUACUACAUGAUUCUGGAACGUUUGGAGAAGUACAAGGAAGCCUUAGACGUUGUGAGAGGAAAACUGGGAGAGAAGCUGACCAGUGAGCUCCAGAGCCGGGAGAACAAGUGCAUGGCCAUGUACAAGAAGCUGCGGCGGUGGCCCGAGUGCAACGCGCUGUCCAGGCGGCUGCUGCUCAAAAACUCAGAUGAUUGGCAGUUUUAUAUAACUUACUUUGAUUCAGUGUUUCAACUCAUUGAUGAGUCCUGGACACCUCCAGCAGAAGAAGAACACUCUCUGGAAGGAGAGGUGCACUGUUCUGUGGAACAAGCUGUGGAGUUUAUAGAGGAGAGGAUCACAGAGGAGUCCAAGAGCUCUCGGCCGCUCCGGGGACCAUAUUUAGCCAAACUGGAGCUGAUCAGGCGUCUGAGACACAGAGGCUGCAAUGAUGAAUAUAAACUAGGUGAUCCAGAAGAGCUAAUGUUCCAAUACUUCAAAAAAUUUGGGGACAAACCCUGCUGUUUUACUGAUCUCAAAGUGUUUGUGGAUCUCCUCUCACCCAGCCAAUACUCAAAGUUCAUCCAGCAGCUGCUGGAGGUGAUCCCCCUGUCAGCAGCGGCCGAGAACGAGGUGGCCCUUCCAGGGGACAUCAAGGCCCUGCAGCAGCACCUGUGUGUGGUGCAGCUCUCCAGGCUCCUGGGCAUCUACCACGCCAUGGACAAGAAGGAGAAGCUGACGGUGGUGCGGGAGCUGAUGUUCAGAUACCGCCAUGGGUUGGAGUUCGGGAAAUCUUGUUUGAAAACUGAAUUGCAGUUUUCAGAUUACUACUGCCUGCUUGCAGUUCACCUGCUGCUUGAUCUGUGGCUGGAAGGUGAAGAGGCAGCUGUGUGGCAGUGCCUGACUCUGCUGGAGGAGGGGUUGGCUCACAGUCCUUCCAAUGCUCAGUUUAAGUUGCUGCUCAUCCGGAUCUACUGCCGGCUCGGGGCGUUCGAACCCGUGGCUGAGCUCUACUCCAGCCUCGAUGCCAAGCACAUCCAGCACGACACCAUCGGGUAUCUCCUGACACGCUACGCCGAGUCCCUGGGCCAUUAUGCUGCUGCAUCCCAAUCCUGCAAUUUUGCACUCAGGUUUUUCCACUCCAACCAGAAAGAUACCUCAGAAUACAUCAUCCAAGCCUACAAGUACGGGGCGUUUGAGAAGAUCCCGGAAUUCAUUGCCUUCAGGAACAGGCUGAACUCUUCCCUUCACUUCGCCCAAGUUCGCACAGAGCGGAUGUUGUUGGACCUCUUACUUGAAGCAAAUAUAUCAACCAGUUUAGAAGAAAGUAUAAAGUCCAUGAGUCUGAGCCCAGAGGAGGAUGACAUUCCAUGGAAAGAUUUGCGUGAUAACAGGGACCUGACAGUCUUGUUUAGCUGGGAUCCAAAAGACAGGGACAUUUCUGAAGAACAUAGGAAGCUCUCACUGGAGGAAGAAACCCUGUGGUUGCGGAUCCGGUCCUUGACUUUGAGGCUGGUGAGCGGCCUCCCGACUCUGAGCCACACCAUCCAACCAAAGAACUCGGAAAAGACUGCAGAGAACGGCGUCUCCUCCAGGAUUGACACCAUCAGAUCCCUGCUCCAGCAGCUGGAAGCGGUGGCGGAUUCAGGGAAGAAGUUUCUAGAACAAAAAAUUCAGUAUCCUGUCCUUGGCCCUCCUCCCACCCGAAUGGCUGGCUUCUUCAGCAAUGGCAGCUGUCAGUGCCAGACUAGCUUGUUUUAUCUUGUUAGUGAUAUUUAUGAACUAGAUACCAAUGGCUUAGAAGAUUCAGCAGAAAUCCAGGAAAGAAUAGGGAAUAGUUUCAAGUCUUUAGUAGAACGACUGACAGAUUUGUUCAAUAAAUGUAAAGGUGAUUUGAUUGAAGUCAGAGAUGGCACCUUGAAAACUCAUCCAAACCUGUUAGAAAACUUAGUCUUCUUUGUUGAGACGAUCUCCAUUGCCCUGUGGGUAUCAAGUUACUGUGACAGUGUCCUCCGACCUUUUAAAUCCAACCUGCAAAAAAAGAAGAAGAAAAAAAAAGAAAGCAGUGUAGCUAUGCCACCUGUAUUUACCCACUUCCUGGAUUAUGUAACUGAACUACAGACAUUAACUUCCAAUGUAAUAGAUCAUAUCAAAGGGCUUGAAAUAAUUCUGACUGCACUAAAACUUGAAGAGCUGUCCCUCAAGGACACUCUGCUUUUACAGGAAGAAAAAAAGUUUACAAAGACUGUACAAGGGAAGGUCCAGAGCAGUUACCAUCACUCAGUUCAGGAAAUUGGGGAGCUGCUGAAAAAGAGACUCGAUACCAUUAAAAAACUAAAGAUUUGA